GGCCCUUUAAGAACAGCCGGACGGGCGAGCAGUAGCUGGGAGGAGAGCGCAGUCGCCCGGCGGGCUCGGGAGGACGCGGCGCCCAGCACCGGGCUCUGGAAACCGGCUGUGCGCAGCCGAGUUGGGGCGCGCCCCCAUCGCCCCUCCCCAGCGUUGUCAUCUCUCCGCGGACCUGAGGCCCGGGCCCUCCCCGGUCGCCCGCCCCGCCCCGGCCCCGCCCCGGCCCGCGCUGCCGGGACCGGGAGCCGGGCCGUGGGUGCCGCAGCCGGAGGCAGGUGAGGAGGGCCCGGAGUCUCCAUCCCCGGCCCGCGGCAGCGCCAAGCUUCUCGGUCAUCACCGGCCCGGGGGCGCGUCAAGGCCGGCAACGUGAUGGCGGAGAAGGCGCUGGAGGCCGUGGGCUGUGGACUGGGACCCGGGGCCGUGGCCAUGGCCGUGGCGCUGGAGGACGGGGCGGAGCCCCCAAUGCUGACCACACACCUGAAGAAGGUGGAGAACCACAUCACCGAAGCUCAACGCUUCUCCCACCUACCCAAGCGUUCAGCGGUGGACAUCGAAUUCGUGGAGCUGUCCUAUUCCGUGCGGGAAGGGCCCUGCUGGCGCAAACGGGGUUAUAAGACCCUCCUCAAGUGCCUGUCGGGUAAAUUCUGCCGCCGGGAGCUGAUUGGUAUCAUGGGCCCCUCUGGCGCCGGCAAGUCCACGUUCAUGAACAUCUUGGCAGGGUACAGGGAGUCUGGAAUGAAGGGGCAGAUCCUGGUCAACGGGAGGCCUCGGGAGCUGAGGACCUUCCGUAAGAUGUCGUGUUACAUCAUGCAGGACGACAUGCUGCUGCCUCACCUCACAGUGCUGGAAGCCAUGAUGGUCUCUGCUAACCUCAAGUUGAGUGAGAAGCAAGAAGUGAAGAAGGAACUGGUGACGGAGAUCCUGACAGCACUGGGCCUGAUGUCCUGCUCCCACACAAGGACAGCUCUGCUCUCCGGGGGGCAGAGGAAGCGCCUGGCCAUCGCCCUGGAGCUGGUCAACAAUCCGCCCGUCAUGUUCUUUGAUGAGCCCACCAGUGGUCUGGACAGCGCGUCCUGUUUCCAAGUGGUGUCCCUCAUGAAGUCCCUGGCCCAGGGGGGCCGCACAGUGAUCUGCACCAUCCACCAGCCCAGUGCCAAGCUCUUUGAGAUGUUUGACAAGCUCUACAUCCUGAGCCAGGGUCAGUGUAUCUUCAAAGGCGUGGUCACCAACCUGAUCCCCUACCUGAAGGGGCUUGGCUUACACUGCCCUACCUACCACAACCCGGCUGACUUCAUCAUCGAGGUGGCCUCUGGAGAGUAUGGAGACCUGAACCCCAUGCUGUUCAGGGCAGUGCAGAAUGGGCUUUGUGCCAUGGCCGAGAAGAAGAGCAGCCCUGAGAAGAACGAGGUCCCCACCCCGUGCCCUCCUUGUCCUCAGGAAGUGGACCCCAUUGAAAGCCACACCUUUGCCACCAGCACCCUCACACAGUUCUGCAUCCUCUUCAAGAGGACCUUCUUGUCCAUCCUCAGGGACACGGUCCUCACCCACCUGAGGUUUGUGUCCCACGUGGUCAUCGGCGUGCUCAUCGGUCUCCUUUACCUGCACAUUGGUAACGAUGCCAGCAAGGUCUUCAACAACACCGGCUGCCUCUUCUUCUCCAUGCUCUUCCUCAUGUUUGCCGCCCUUAUGCCAACCGUGCUCACCUUCCCCUUAGAGAUGGCGGUCUUCAUGAGGGAGCAUCUCAACUAUUGGUACAGCCUCAAAGCGUACUACCUGGCCAAGACCAUGGCCGACGUGCCCUUUCAGGUGGUGUGCCCAGUGGUAUACUGCAGCAUCAUCUACUGGAUGACAGGCCAGCCAGCCGAAACCAGCCGCUUCCUGCUGUUCUCCGCCCUGGCUGCGGCCACCGCCUUGGUGGCCCAGUCUUUGGGGCUGCUGAUUGGAGCUGCCUCCAAUUCCCUCCAGGUGGCCACCUUUGUGGGCCCAGUUACCGCCAUCCCUGUCCUCUUGUUCUCCGGUUUCUUUGUCAGCUUCAAGACCAUCCCCACUUACCUGCAGUGGAGCUCCUACCUCUCCUAUGUCAGGUAUGGCUUUGAGGGUGUGAUUCUGACCAUCUAUGGCAUGGAUCGAGGCGAUCUGACCUGCUUGGAGGAACACUGCCCUUUCCAGAACCCGCAGAGUAUACUCCGAGCGCUGGAUGUGGAGGAUGCCAAGCUCUACCUGGACUUCCUGGUCUUGGGCAUCUUCUUCCUGGCCUUGCGGCUGCUGGCAUACCUUGUGCUCCGUUACCGGGUCAAGUCAGAGAGAUAGAGCCUCGCCCUGGCCUGUGCCCCAGCCCCCCAGCGGAAGCCCCCAGCCCCAGCCCUCUGGGACUUUUUUAACCUUGUAGACUUUGGCACGGGUUGCUGUUGCAGCCACGUUCUCCUCUCUCAGCUCCUCCCCGGGUUGGCUGCUGGACUGCACUCCCUGCCGUGGCCAUGGUCGUGGCCACGGGGGGCUCCAGCCCUCCCCACCAUGUCCAGGAGUCUUCCCAGUUGAUGCAAUUUAUAGUUUCUUCCCUUCUCUCUCCAACAUCUGCAUGCAAAGACCACUAGGAGGCUGCCACCCUCCUCCCCCACCUCAUCCCCUGUCUCUGCUGUCUGCUUGGGAGCCCCAGGUUCUCCAGGGCCCCCAUUUACAACUGACCAAAGUGGCCCCCUCUGGGGGUCCCCACCACACAAGUGUUUGUAAACUGGGCUGAUCUAAGGUUUGGGUUCCAGGGCUGGGCCCUGGUGGGGUCCCCUGGAAGUCCCAUUUGGAUAUUGGAAAGGAGCAGGGAAGGCUCUGGAAGUCUCUUCCUCCUCCUCACCUUCUCCCCACCCCUAGACCUGUCUGAUUUGGGCAAUCUGCUGGAACAGAAGCUGGGUUUUCUGUCUGGGUCAUUCCUACCAAUCCUGGGGAUUGGAGAGGCCUGGGGGCCUAGGAUGCCCCGUCCCCUUCCCUGUCCCCUUUGGUGGGGGGUAGGGUCUGGUGGCACUGCUGCAAUAAUGUCUAUGUUUCUCUCCCACCUGCCACUGGAACCGGAGAAUGCACUUUAUUCUGGGGCGUGAGCAAGAGAAGACUAAGCCUCCUUCUUGCUUCUCCUGCCCAGUCCUGUGACACUCCCUCCCCUCCCCAGAGUUACAGGCGCAUACAUGCGAACAGGCAAUCUCAGCCCCACACACACACGCUGUCCCGUAUGGCUCCGAGGAGGAGUGAUGGUGGCAUGGUGGAGGUGGCGGCGGUGGCGGCAGUGGGUGCCAUAGGGAGGGCAGUGCCCACCUCCUCUGGGGAUGCAGCUUUGACAGCAUGGAUGAGGCUUGUGCCGCCCAGGGUGUCCUGGGACCCGGGGUAUCUACCCCCCGAGUCUCCUUUCCCCUCCAAGUCAGGGAUGGCACAGGGCACUAGCUCCCUGGAGCUCCGCAGCCAACACAAGCACAAGCAUGGGCAAAAGUUGGCCUUGGCCACUGCCACCCUGUGGCCCUUCCUUUGUGCAUCAGGCUGGCAUUCUCACUCUCCCGCCACUUCCCCAGCCGUCUGCUGGUCAUUCAAACUCCUGCCUGGGUCUGUGCACACCCUCCCUACCUUCCCAUCAGCCGAGGUGGCCCCGGGGCACCAGAGCGACAGACACAGAGCAUGUCUGGCUUUUGUGGUAGGUCCAGACUCACGCCACUUCUGAUCUCCCCUUCCCCCAGGGCUCUCCCACUGCUUUUUCUUGUGUACACACCACUCUCCCUUCUCUUACCCUGCCACAGAUUCUCCCCACCGCCCAGAGAUGCCACUUGUAUUUGUGGGACUUUGCCCAUUAUUAAUAAAACCUAUAUUUAUACAGUA